GUUGACUGCUGAGGGCGUGUACAUGCGACGAGGAAGUGUAAAUAUUGCAUUCCGUGAUAUUGAUAAACCAGAAGAAUGAUUUCAGAGCUCGUGUGCUGUUGUGGUUUGGGUGAAAUGUUAUAUGUAUCAUUGAUCGACCUGUUAUGAAACUGUUCCAACAAAUAGUCAAGAAAGUUAUGUAGCGGUAUGCAGACUGGAGCGGUCAGGAUGAGAAGAGUGGAAGCUGUGGUGGACUUUGCCUAUGAGGCUGAGCAGGAAGAUGAACUGACCUUGAAGAUUGGGGAUAUCAUCAAGAAUGUCAUACAAAGUGAUGGCGGCUGGUGGGAGGGGGAACUCAAUGGCAAGAAGGGCAUGUUCCCAGAGAACUUUGUGAAGUUGCUGAAACCAGAGGACAAAGGCAAAUCUCCAGGUAUUGGAAAGAAGGAAGCUCCGGAGCGCAAGUCUGUUCGAGAAUUAGCCAGCAAAUUCAAAGACAACAUGCCUCUUGGACCACUACCACCCAAGAAGAAAGAUAAGAAAAAGAAAUGCAAGGUAAUGUUUGAUUACACACCAGAGAAUGAAGAUGAACUGGAGCUCAAGGAGGGAGAAAUCAUUGACUUCGUAAGAGAGGUAGAGGAUGGUUGGUGGGAGGGCAGCUACAAUGGCCGCAGUGGUGUGUUCCCGUCCAACUUUGUGGAAAUGUGUGAGGAGCAGCCAGACGAUGUAGGGCAGCCGGACGUCCCAGACAAACCUGGUGGGAUCGGUUCUGGGGAUGAGUCAUCUGGCAGUGUUCAUGAAAUAAAGGGAAAAAAGGUGAUUGGGAUAGGACUGGGGAACAUCUUCCAGGGUGGCCCAAUCAAACUCCGCUCUGCUCCCAAAACCAAAGAAGCACCUCCCGUGGAGACCAAAAAACACCCUGAAGUAAAGGAGCAGGCCAAACCACCACCACACCAGGAGCCAGCCCGACCUCCCAUGGAGCCAGUCCGACCUCCCAUGGAGCCAGUCCGGCCACCCCCUCCUGAACCCACCAAGGCCCCCGUAGCUGAACCUGUUACAACUGAGGUGGUCAAGAGAGAGAAGAAAGUAAACAGAGCAGUAGUGAGAUUCUCCUAUACAGCAGAACAACCUGAUGAAUUGUCCUUGAAGGAAGGGGAGACCAUCUCAGUAAUUGACACCAAACUGGAGGACGAGGGAUGGUGGAAGGGAGAAGCCAAUGGCAGAGUUGGUGUCUUCCCAGACAAUUUUGUAGAACUCCUCCCAGAAGAAGCUCCCAAACCCAAGAAGCCUCCACCCCCAUCCAUCUCCACCAUACCCAAGGCCCCUCCAGGGGGCCGGGGAGCCAAGCCUGGUCUGUACCCCAAGUUGCCUGACAGGGUCCCUGCUGCUGACCCCCAUGAGUCCAAGAAACAUGACACAAAACAUGAUGGGAAACACAAGACAGAAGCACCAAGCAACAAGAUCAAAGACCAUACAGCUCAUGUGAAGGGACCUCCGCCUCCGAAGCCGACACAAAACAAUUUUGAGUCCUUGGAGCCCACCUCCCAGAAGCUGACACAUUUGACAGCAUCACGGGCUAAAGGACCAAAGAAGAGGCCACCGUCGACAAUAUUCACAUUAGGGGACAGCCCAGACAGCCCUGACCCUGAGGAACCAACAUCUUCCACACCCCCAGCGGUACACACCCAGCACAACGAUAGCAGGGCUCCUCCUCACCCAUCUAAAGAGAAGCAGUCAAGUAUAUUGGACAUGGAGAAGAGGAGUCACUCGCACAAUCAGUCAAACCACCAAGCACACAAUACAGCACCACCGCGCCCACCAGAACCAUCAGCAUCGGGACAAGGUGGGGCAGCCAUGGCUAAGGCUCUGGAGGAGGUGCAGCGAGAAUUACGGGAACUACGAGCAAACACAGUGAGUCGAAGCACCUACGCAGAGAUGAGGGCUGACUAUGACCGACUCAAGCAUGACGUAGAUAGCUUCAAAUCCUCCUCCACAAAGAAGAUCCGAGAGCUGAUGAUGGAGGUGGACGAGGAGAAGAAACUGAGGCUCAACACACAGGUGGAGAUUGAGCGCAUCAAGAAACUGCUGGCAGAAACCAAUGUGUGAACUUGAGGCACAUCACACCAAUGUAAUCCAACAUAUAGAGGAACAGUAGCCAAGGGCACAGCAGGAACUCCGCAGAACACAGAGACAGGUGCUCUCAGACAGACAUAGUGUACCCUGACAAACACCGUGAUGUUGACACGAACAAUUUAUGUCUGUAAUGUUCAGAAGAAAUUGCCUACUUACUCAUUAAGUGUAUCCUAUAAUGAAUAUGGACCAAACAGUGAUGUUGAAAUGCUCAUCUCUGAGCCUUCUUCAAGCUAUUGGCAUUCUCAUUUAUACCUCCACAGGAUAAGAAAAGGAUCAAAAUGUAGAUAUGCUUGUGAUAUACAGAUGUUGUAUAAACACGUAUAUCAUGUGGCGGUAGAUAAUAGUAGACACAUGGUUACAAUGCGUUGACUCUCAUGAGAUCUUAUCAACAUGGUUGUUAAGUGCUUCGCCACGUUUGAGAAAACUGGGUUCAACUUUUGUCUAACAUUUCCAGCUAUAGCCCCAGGUUCGGAUGGUAUCCUGUGUAGUAUGAAUGUUAACAUGUCAGGAAUGAGACAGGAGAGAGUGGCUUGUGCCUCUCACAAUGUCUGUGUGCUGUAUAAUACUGCUGGGGGCCUGAGACACAAGCACUGGGAACCUGGGUGUGAAGCUUGUGCUGUGAUAUCUCCAGGUCUUGGAGAUGCUGGCUAAGUAGAGCUGCUUUGUUGUAAAUGUGCUGGUCUGACUGACCAAGUGGACAUCACUUGUCCAUGGAUCAUGCUGAUGGCCACUUUCUACAUUCCAUUGUGGGCCAUAUGCCUAUGUGUACUAUGAUAUUAAUGCUAAUCCUGAUAUCACACAGCAUUAUCCUUUCUCUAUGUUGCAUUUUUUAACUUGCCAAAUAUUUCUUAUUCCUGAUUAUAUGUAUCCAUGCUUGUUAUGUAACUAAUCUGAGGGGAAAUAGUCUAGGCUGAACAUAUUGUGUACUCAGCUGUAACUGUAUGUAAAAGCGCCCUUAAGAAAUUCCACUGUCACAUGAUGAAGAAACAUCUCCAUAUCUGCUUGCAUACUGCUUUGUCACUUGACAGAAAGACUCCUGUCACAUGAUGCAUAGACCCGUCACUUGAUGGAGAAGAUCCUCUGGUAUUUGAGGAAGCUGCCUCUGUCACUUGUUGGAGAGACUCCUUUGUCCCUUGAUAUUUAGGCUCUCUCUCCCAGGAUGGAGAGACACCUCUGGUAUUUGAGGAAGCUGCCUCUGCUAUUUGUGGGAGAGACUCCUCUGUCCCUGGAUACAGGGUAUUCUCUCUCCCUGGAUGGAGAGACACCUGGUAUUUGAUGGAGAGACACCUCUGGUAUUUGAUGGCAAGACUCCUCGGUCACUGGAUGGAGAGGUUCCUCUCCCUGGAUGGAGAAGAUCCUUUCUUCCUGGAUAGAGAGAUACCUCUGGUAUUUAAGGAAGAUGCCUCACUUGAUGGAGAGACUCCUCUGUGCUGGUAUAGACAGACCUUUGUCGCUCAAGGAGAGACUACUUUAGACACCCCUCUGUCCCUGGAUAGAGAGAGAGGCUUCUCAACUGGAUGGAGAAACGUCUCUUCCACUAGAUGGAAACCAGAUGUCUGGUGACCCCAUUUCUAAUCAUGAUGUAAUUCCUGUAUGUGUUCUGAAGAGCACAAGUUACCGGUAUAUGUAUCAAAAUUAAACCAUACAUUAUGUAGUGACAUCAGCUAUGAAAUGUAUUGUUAUUAUAUACUGUUAUAUCCAAGGAUGCUUUAUAGUAUAUCGUUUUGUACAUUUCUAUUUUACUUUGUUGAUUUUGAAAACUAUUUUAUUGAAGUACAUGCUUAUAGAAUACACAUCAAGCUUAAUUCCUCGGCUAACAUUCCUGCAUCUUGGAUGACAAAAGCUUCAUACACAGCAACACUCCUCGCAUAUCGGUCAUGAUGAGGUGAUCUCAAAGGGAGAUAAUUCUGUUAACGCUUUUAGCAUAUAUUUUAUCAUCUCUUUUUGUAAGCUAAUUUAUUUUAGAUCAACUUUAAUCAUCUUUAUACUAUUUAUAGAGCAUUUCAGCUCAGCUUUGUAUUAACAGAGUUUGCUGACUGUUCAGCGAAGAUCUGCUCUUUGAUUUGUGCAGGCAUCAUGUAGGCAUGUUGUAUGCAAACCUUUCUACUUUACAGUAGGCAUUGAUUGUACCCCGUUCGGGUGUAAUAUAGGUAUGAGUGUAGUACAUGUUGCUCACACCAGUUGUUGUAGGCACUGUGUGUAGGCCUGCCUGUAGUGUGCUCUUCUCUCCUGUAGGCAUUAAUUAUACCUCGUAGACCUGUCGGCCAUGUCAUUCCCAUGUUUAGUGGGCAUCAAGAGUGUACGCUUGCUUGUUGUAUGUGAAAAUUCCACGUUGGCUUUACUUCUAAGCCUCAUUGUUAGUAUGACCUGGUCCUUGAAAGGCAACAAUAUGGGCGUGUUACAGUGUUUAGGGCAUUAUGUUUUUGACAUUUACCACAUAUUUCUAAAACAAGGUAACAUUCUGUGGGUGGAGUCAUCCAUUAUUGCAUGAUGUAGGCUUUUCCACUAAUGGCUGUGCCAUUCAUUAUGGGUGGUGUUAUUUAAUGUAGUGUGCAGUUGGCAGACUUUAACCAUGUCAUGUGGGCUGGGCUGCUGGAUGGAGACUAUUGGAUGUGCAGUUCAGCAUUACCAAUGGUGGUGUCAUUCAAAGGUUCUGUAGGUUGUCUUUCAAUGUAUCCUGAGAUACAGCAAGGGAUGUUAAAUGUAAAGGUCAAAAGGAAUGUAAUGAACAAGAUUCUCUUUGUUGCCCUAUCUCAUAAUGUCAGCAGAUAUUCAUCAUGAUACUGUGGAUUAGCCCACAUAUUUGCCAGUUACCUGCUAUGUCAUUUAUAAGAUCUGUUUUUGACACUUUUUCUAUUUUUCCUUGCUCCUUUUAAAGCUUGAUAUUGAAAGAUCUGAGUGAUAAUUGGAAUGAAUUCCUUCUUGAAAUUGUAUCUGAUGCUGAUGAAUGAAAAUCUUGAUCCACCAUGGGACUGUAUAUAAGUUAAUGUUGGUAGGAAGUAGAUUAGAUACUGUGUGGGUUUAAUGCUUUACAUGACCAGUCUGCUGUAAGGCAUGAGUUAUCACGACUAGCCAUCUGUGUAAAACUGGGCAUCACACGACUAGCCUGCUGUGUGCAUGUAGUGCAUCAAGUUUCAAGUCUAGCCUUCUGCAUAACCAUGGUAAUUUGGACUAGCUUUCUAUGUAGCAUUGUAUGUCACGUGGCUAGCCUUCUGUAUAGCUUUGUGUAUCACACAACUGGCCUGCUUUGUGGCCGUGGUCCCUGAAAUGACGAGUAUGCUGUGUAGCACGGUCUAUAACAUGACUGGCCAGCCAUGUUGUAUGGUGCAUCUAAUGACAAGUCUGCUGAGUAGAAAGCUUAGCUGACUGUGUAGCAUGCUGCAUCCUGACUUGUUAGUGUAACAUAUUAUAUCAAAUGCCUUGGCUGCUCUGGGUAUGGUGCGUCACAUGACCUGGUACAUCACAUGAUUAGCCUGUGUAGCCUAGUGCGUCACAUGACUAGCCUGUGCAACCUGGUACAUCACAUGAUUAGCCUGUGUAGCCUAGUGCAUCACAUGACUAGCCUGUGCAACCUGGUACAUCACAUGAUUAGCCUGUGUAGCCUAGUGCAUCACAUGAUUAGCCUGUGCAACCUGGUACAUCACAUGACUAGCCUGUGUAGUAUAAUGCAUCACAAGACUAGCCUUCUUUGUAGCAUAGCACAUCACAUGACUAGUCUAUGCAACCUGGUACAUCACAACAUGACUAGUCUGUGCAACUUGGUACAUCACAUGACUACCCUGUGUAGCAUAGUGCAUUAAAUGACUAGCCUCCUGUGUAGCAUGGUGCAUAGCAUGACUAGCCAGGGAGUAGCCAGCUGUGUACCAUAGUAGUGGAUCACAUUACUAGCAUGUUGUGUAGUAUGAUGCAUAACAUGACUAGUAUGACUAGCAAGUUGUGUAGCAUGGUAGCAAUAACAGCUGGCUAAAGAAGCAUCACAUGACUAGCCCGCUGUGUACUGUGGUAGGUCACAUGACUAGUCUGCUGUGGACAAGCUGAAAUGCUUUGUCAGCAUUGCACUUCUGACACUGUGCGAUAAAACCAUGAAUAUCAAGUUAGUGAUGAAUUUUCAUAUCAUUACAUGUUACACAUACCAGAAACAAACCUGUGAAUAUAUUACAUUGUUUAAUGGUGUAUUUAUUACAAAUAUAUCUCUACUGUAUGUCUUUAUUUAGGUUUACAUUUUAUCAUCAUUACAUCAUGCACAUUUAUUCUAUUUGUGUAUAUAUUUGUACAUUGAUCAUAUUUGCCUGUACACUUUGCUCGAUACACUUUAUAUAUCGCUAA